CUGCAGCUCCUCCUCCGUCGUAGUUUCACAGCGACAGCUUUGAACCUCGGACACCAGACAGCACCAGACAGGGCAAACGAGCUUCAUUAACCCCUCUCCGAGCAAACGCCACUCGAAAGUAAUCCUCCCAGAAACCAUGGCUGGCUACCACAAACCCGACGAGAAGACCCUGCAGGGACUCAAAGACAUCUCCAACAAGCUGCGGAUCCUCUCCAUCAAGGCGACAAACGCCUCCAACUCCGGCCAUCCCACGUCAUGUUGCAGUGCAGCAGAUCUUAUGUCUGUGCUCUUCUUCCACACCAUGCGUUAUAAGGCAGAUGACCCUCGUAAUCAGUGCAAUGACCGCUUUGUUCUGUCAAAGGGUCAUGCAGCACCAAUCCUGUAUGCUGCCUGGGUGGAGGCGGGUUAUGUCAAGGAGUCUGAGCUGCUAAAUCUCCGUAAGUUUGACUGUGAGCUGGAGGGGCACCCCACACCGAAACUGGCGUUUGUGGAUGUCGCUACCGGAUCUCUUGGACAGGGUCUUGGGGCUGCAUGUGGGAUGGCCUACACUGGCAAAUACUUUGACAAAUCAAGCUACCGUGUUUAUUGCAUGCUUGGUGAUGGGGAAUGUGCGGAGGGGUCGGUGUGGGAGGCCAUGGCUUUUGCUUCCCACUACCAUCUGGACAACCUGGUGGCGAUCCUGGAUGUCAAUCGACUUGGUCAGAGUGAGCCAACACCCCUGCAGCACGACAUGGACACUUACAGCAAGCGCUGUGAAGCCUUCGGGUGGAACACCUAUGUUGUAGAUGGUCAUGAUGUUGAGGAGCUGUGCAAAGCCUUUUGGAAAGCUCAGCAGGUCAAGGGCAAACCCACCUGUAUUGUCGCCAAGACGUACAAGGGGAAAGGGAUCAAAAAUGUUGAAGAUCAGGAUAACUGGCAUGGAAAGCCCAUGCCCAAAGACAGGCAUGUUGAAAUCCUGAAUGACCUGCAGUCUCAGAUCCAGGUCCCCAACAAGACUCUCCGUCCUCAGCCGCCCAAUGACGACACAAAACCAGCUGACCUCAAGCCCCUUACCUAUCCUUCACCCCCAUCUUACAAGAAGGGAGACAAGAUGUCAACAAGGAAAGCAUAUGGCGUGGCUCUGGCCAGACUGGGUCAGGCCAACCAGAGAGUGGUGGCUCUUGACGGAGACACAAAAAACUCUACCUUCUCAGAUCUCUUCAGGAAGGUCUGCCCAGAACGCUUCAUCGAGUGCUUCAUUGCUGAGCAGAAUAUGGUAAGCGUGGCUAUCGGCUGUGCUACUCGUGACCGCACCGUUGCAUUUGCCAGCACCUUCGCUGCAUUCUUCUCUAGAGCCUAUGAUCAGAUCCGUAUGGGAGCCAUCUCCCAGACCAACGUCAACCUGGUGGGUUCCCACUGCGGCGUCUCCAUUGGUGAGGAUGGUCCAUCACAAAUGGCCCUUGAAGACUUGGCCAUGUUCCGUGCCGUACCGACAUGUACGGUGUUCUAUCCUAGUGAUGCGACGUCAACAGAGGGGGCUGUCGAGCUAGCAGCGAACACAAAGGGAAUCUGUUUCAUCCGCACCAGUAGACCAGACACUGCUGUAAUUUACUCUCCAGAUGAGAAGUUUGAAGUGGGUGUAGCCAAGGUCGUGCGCCAGUCUGACAAUGAUACAGUGACUGUAAUUGGAGCUGGUGUGACCCUGCACGAGGCCCUGGCUGCUGCUGAUAUCCUUGAAAAGGAAGGAACAAGGAUCCGUGUGAUUGACCCCUUCACUAUCAAGCCCUUGGAUGCAGCCACUAUUCUGUCCAGUGCACGAGCCACUAGGGGACAGAUCAUCACAGUGGAGGAUCACUACAAAGAGGGUGGUCUUGGUGAAGCAGUGCUCUCUGCUGUGGGAGGCGAGCCUGGGAUUGUCGUGACCCGGCUGGCAGUGACGAGUGUUCCCCGCAGUGGAAAGCCCCAGGAGCUCCUUGAUUUCUACGGCAUCAGUGCUAAGCACAUUGCCAAAGCAGUCAUCCAGACCACUGCUAACUAAAGUGUUAGUUAGAUCUAGACGCUUCCAUCCCAAGCCCCAUGCAUUUACCUGCUGACCUCUCUACUGCCAUCUUGUGGCUGUGAAUCUUCAGUGUCUACUAACUUUGUACUGCUGUCAUUAGGGAGACGAGUGCAGCGAGUGUGGUAAUAUUUACCUUCUCCUUCCUUUUAGAUCCCCCUCUAGGUUCCACUCUUAUUUGACUCUUCAGUUUCGAGUAUUGCUUGAAGGACGGACUAAAUCUUCCUUGAACAGUGUACACAUUAGACGGUUAUCUUUGCAGUAAACCGUCAGACCGUGACUGACAUUCCUACCAUCAUUCCUCUUACAAGUAACUCCUUUUCUUUACGAGUACAUCUUUUUUCCAAGCACUGUUACCGUUUGUUGGACUAGAUCGUGUUUAAGCUGUUUUAGGUUCUUUAACCUCAGUUAUGAAGUUUGACCAUUCCUCUGCAGGGGUAUCAGUGUUGCUGCCAUUUAAGGUCACCAGUAUCACCCUGUUGCUGUGAUGUGCUGAAAUAAAAAGCUCACAACCA